GCCCGGGGAUCGCCUCAGGCUGGUGGCCGUGCCCGCCGUAGCGGGGUCCUCCGGGUGUCCGGCUGCCUCGGCGCAGGCUUGGCGGCGAGGAUGGGGGGCUUCUCCCGUACGGGCGCACGCAGUGGCAGCCCGCCUCCCCUCGGCUUUGCCGCUGCGGUAAACCCGCGGCAGGCCGCGCCCGCGGGCCGCCUCGCACGGCUCCCGCUUUCGUAAAUGCUUCAGCUGUGGUGGGAGGGCCCGUUAGAGCGCUCUGGAGCUGGCGGCAAGCGGCGGAAGGGGGAGGCUAAGAUCGUUUUUAAAGAAUUGAAAGCAAUUUGCCGAGCGCUGGGGGUGUGGAAGCAGGCCUGAGCCCACGUACGUGCUCGGAAGUGACGGGAUGGCGGCCCGCUGGCCCCUCCUGCCGUCGGGGAAACAUUAACAGAGCGCGGCUGGCGUUUAAGGGUAAAACUGGUCAGACAGCACCUUGCAGAGGGCAGGUUAAGACUAAAUAGGCGCAAAUGACAAUGCAAAUUCCUAUUUUUACGGUUGAUGCAUUUACAAACCGGCCAUUUUCUGGAAAUCCUGCGGCAGUUUGUCUGCUUGAAAAUGACCUGGGUGAAGAAUUGCACCAAAAAAUCGCAACAGAAAUGAAUCUUUCAGAAACUGCUUUCAUCAGAAAACUGCACCCUGGAGAUGACUUUACCAGAAGUUCCUGCUUUGGACUCAGGUGGUUCACCCCAGCCAAUGAAGUUCCUCUCUGCGGUCAUGCUACACUUGCAGCAGCUGCUGUGUUGUUUCACAUACAAAAAAACACAAAUUCAGUUCUGACAUUUGUGACACUGAGUGGGGACUUAAAAGCCAGACAAGUGGAAGAUUAUAUUGUGCUGGACUUACCACUUUAUGUAACCUACCCACAGGUACUUCAUGAAGUAGAAGAGUUAAUAAAGGCAGCCAUUGGUGACAUGGUUGUUCAAGAUCUCCGUUAUUCUCCUGAUACAAAGAAACUCUUAGUCCGCCUCAGUGAUGCUUAUGAAAGGUCUGUUUUGGAACAACUGCAAGUGAGCGCACAAUGCUUUUUAUCAGCUGAAAAGACGGGAAAGGUGAAAGGACUCAUACUCACUCUUAAGGGAAAUUCCAGUGGAAAACAUAAAGGCCACGAUUUUUACUCCAGAUAUUUUGCACCUUGGUAUGGGGUUCUGGAAGACCCUGUUACAGGAUCUGCUCAUGCUGUUUUAAGCAGCUACUGGUCAGAGCAGCUGGCGAAGAAAGAAAUGCUUGCUUUUCAAUGCUCCCGCCGUGGAGGAGAGCUGAAGAUUUCAGUGCGUAAUGAUGGAAGAGUUGACAUUGCGGGGCGAAUUGCUAUUGUAUUAAAAGGAAACCUGGCUUUCUGAAGAAAUUCACACUCAUCUCCCACACUUUCAAAUUAUUCAUAUUAUGCUAGUUAUAUCUUCACUCUAGGCAGUGAAUCACCACUGGCCUCAAAAUUAUUUGAUUACUUAUUGUCCAUUUGAAAAAAUUGCUUCAAAAUAAUCACUACUCAUCUUCAAGAUCCUUGGCAUUGUUUUCUUCACUUUCAUUUUGCCACUUCCUAUGUACACUGACCUCAAAAAAUGUCCAAGGACAGCUAUCUUGUUUUUCUUUUUAAAUGAUUCUGUUCUUAUUUCCAGAUUCCAUGUUAAAAGCCAUUUCUGCUUCCUGGACUGAAUUGUAAACAUUUCUGAUUGAUAAAAUAAUCAAACUUUUUCCCUUUUCAGUCAUUUUCCAUGAAAUCUGACUACAGUCCUUUAAAAAAAUUUUUUUUUCUCUGCCAUACAUCUGCCAUAUAUGAUGCUGAUAUGUUCAUUAAUUUACUUGAAUUAAAAUAUGAAAAAAAUAGAAAUGGUUUAGAGAUGUGCUUUGUAGUUCUGUUCUGAACAGUAUUUUUGAAAGAGGGAUGGUAUUGCAGUGGCUCAUGUUAAAUGCUGCUUGGUCAAUAUUUUUAAUUAAAGUUUUACAGAAACAUUUGACAGAUUGGCAUAGUGAUGUAUAAAAAACUGGUCAAAAAUCAGAAAGAAAACUUAGUUACAGCAAUGUCAUUUACUUUUCAAAGACUGAAGAUUUGCACCUAAACUAAAAGUUUCUUCUGUAACUUUCUUCAUGAAGUGUAUGGCUUCAGUUUUUGUGAUUUUUUGCUUUAGUGUUCUGGUCUUUCUCUGAAUUUAUUAGGAAUAUUGAAAUGUUUCAUUUACUCUAGCUAAAACUCAGUUUUCCCUUUCAAAUCGCUUUUGUCCUAAGCUUUGCUUUAGUUUUUUUCUUUGCAAUAUUUCAAGAUGAGGGAUUUAAACUCAAAGGCAUUUUAAUACUGUGGGAAUGCUGGAUGUCAGCCUUAUAAAUUAUGACGAACUUAGUCAUGCCAAGUUGCCCUAUUUCCAGUUAUUUUGAAUUUUACCAUAACUUGUAACUUACAUCUUACUUAAGUCUGACUAGCUGGAGGCAAGUAACAGUGUGAGAAUCCUAGGAUUCAUUUGAAAUAAAAGCUUCUAGUUCCUGCCACUACACAGAGCAUACUAAAAAUAUGAUUUUAAUGCACUAGAAAGCCCAGGAGCUAGGUGGCAAGCAAAAGGAUCUCCAAAUGGAAAUGCAUGUUCUUCUUCUUCCUGAAGUUCCUGGACCUGAAAUGUGGUUUAUAAACAUGGACUUGAUCAUCAGCUACAAGACUCGGCUAUGCAGGCAGCUUAAUAGCAGCGUUGCAACAACAUGUUUAGCAGCCACCCUGACCUUGCCUUCUCACAAAGCAAACUGAUAACUUUCUGGCUACUGACCUGGGUCUUCUUGGGCAAUACCGCAGGCUUGUUUUGCUGCAUUCGCUACUUCCUAUCGGGUUAUGCAGAGAGUGAAUCUGGCCCAUAAUCUGAGAUGCUUUGCAAAAAACCCCUUCCUUAAGAAUAUAAAUGAACUAAGGAAGCAAUUAUUGUUUAUCCGUCCACAUUUAACAGACAGUACAAAUACUUUUUUUUUCACUCAAGAGGUCUAAUAAUGAACAAAGCACAGUACAUUGUAAACAUAUUUGCUAUCUAAAUUUCCUGACCAAACGAGUAUCUUUGCUGCUUAAUGCAUUUUUUUUAUAGUUUACUACUACUUUGUCACUGUUUCUGUUCAGGAUAGAAAAAUCACCAGAGCUCAGGUGGGAGACUGUGCAGUAAUGUGUUUGUAAUCAACAGAUUAGUUAAUCAGCCAUGAUUUAUUAAUGAUGCAUUAAUUAUACCUGAUUGUGCAGUUCUGCUGCCUAAAUGGAGCUUUAAAGGAGUUAUUUUAUUAAUCAUCAUUGUGCUAAUUGCAGACACUUACAGAAGGAUUGCUAAUUAAACAUGCAACCAUAUGCAAAAUAAGCAAGGCUGCUGAGAGUGGCAAGAAAAAGAGCACUCAUUUUCUGAAUAGCAACUUUAUUCUCAUGAAAUAUUGUGUAGUUGACCUGGUGAUCCUGAUUACUCACCGAGACUUAUUUUAAUACAUUGCAUAUUUUCAGUCAGCAGUAAAUUAAAUUAAUUGUGGCAAAUUCUGUCCAUCUUCCCUAGUGCAAAAAAUAUGUAGUGUGAACUUCAAAUAAAAUUACUUAGAAUUUG